AUGACCGAUUCAUUAAGUAACGUUUAUUGUCCCUUAGAUAUUUCCCAAAUAGCAUUUGUUGAAGAUUCUUCGGACUCUUCUGAUUAUAACAAUGAUAUCGAUAAUGAUAAUAAUAAUGAAGAGGAAGUUGACAUGAUAAAUAAACUAAAUCAAAUGAACAUUAAUAAUCAUCUCAUAAAUUAUAAUAACAAUAACUAUACUAAUAACAACAACAAUAAUAAUAACAGUAAUUUCACCAUAUUAAGAAAUAAUUCUAAUCCGAAUGUUGUGACAAAUUAUAAUUAUAGUUAUUUAUCCAAAAGAAAUACACAAUAUAAUAAUAACAUCCAUACAAACCUAUUAGGUAAGACUUUACAAAAAACUUCUUUUCAAAGACCAAAAAAUUCUUCAUAUCAAAGAUCAAAUUCAAGUGAUACCAGUAGUUUUCAUUCUAUAAGUUCAAAUUCAAAUUCAAAUUCUUUACCUUUCGAAAACAAUCAUACAAAAGGUUAUGUUACCAAGAGAAGACCCUCCAAUGUUUUUGAUAUUCAAUCAAAGAAAAAUCCAUCAUUAAAGCCUGACUUAAACCAUUCAAGUUCAUUCGAUUGCUUAGAUUUAGAUUCUUCACCAACAAAUUCAAAAAAUAAUAAACAUUUAUCAAAUCAAAAUCAUUAUAAUUAUUUGAAUACUAAUGAUUGGAAAAAUUUCGAUUUAUCAUCAGAUCCUUCAAAUUUUUUAAAUGAUAAUUUUAAUGCCCGCCAACAUUUAUUAUCUUCUUUAAAAAAUUCGAAUUCGAAUUCGAAUUCAAAUCAAAAUUCAAUAACAGCAUCUUUAAGUUCAAAUUCAAUUUCCGUUUCAAUUAAUAACUCAAUAAUUUCAAAUUCAAAUUCUAUAUCAUACCCUACAAAUACAAAUGAUGGUCAAAUUCAUAAAAUAAAAAGUACAGAACAAUCUUCUAUGCAAGAUUCUAUUCUAUCAAAAGGAAAUAAUACAACUUCAUUUUCAGGUACCAAGAUUCCCAAUUCUCAAGAGCUAGAACAUUUUACUUCACUUAAAUCUUCUUCGUUUGACCAUGAAAAAUUGAAUUCCAAGAAAAUUGUUAUUAAAAAUUUGAUCUCUACGGCUGUUAAUAAUGAUAAUAUUAAUGAAACAACUAAUGAAAUAAUCAAUGAAAUCACUAAUAACAGUAUCCCUAACAGCAUCCCUUCAAAAAGUAUUACUUCAAGAUCAGAAAUAACUGAUAUAACGACUUCUUUUGAUGGAAUAAGAUAUAAAAUAGUACUACAAUUAAACCCAAGGGAAAUUCAACUACUUCGCGAUUCUUGGGCUUUAAUGUUAAGCGAAGAAACUCCACCAAAUACAUUUUCUUAUUAUUAUCAUAAACUGAUCGGUGACCCAAAGAGAAAUGCCCGGAGAUCAACUUUACAAAAUAAAUCAGAUGAUGAAGAAUUAAUGACAAAUAAUGUUCCUAGAUCGAAUAAUAAGUUAGAUUCUAACGAUCCACUUUCAAAUGUCCCAAUUAAAAGAGGCCCUACUUUCACCACAGGAUCAUUAUUUUGCCAUCAAUUCUAUGAAAAUCUUGUUGCUAUGGAUCCUGAAUUAGAACAAUUAUUUCCCACAUUAAAACAUCAAUCUUCCGCAUUUGCAGGCGUCUUGAAUAAUGCUAUGUUAAAUUUAGAAAAUUUAGAAUCUAUGGAAGGUUAUCUAAGUAAUUUAGGGAAGAGACAUUCUAGAAUCUUUGGUAUUGAAACCCCCUAUUUCGAACUCUUGGGUGUGGCUUUUUUAAAGACUUUACAGGAUCGUGUUGGAUCCUUAUACACAUUUGAAUUGGAAAGAACUUGGUCAAGACUUUAUUCAUAUCUUGCUAAUUCUAUUUUACAAUUUGGAAUUGAUCCAGUUUUGAAGAUUGAUACAAAAAAUCAAAAUGUAGAAUUUCCAAUUCCAGAUCCGGAACAAAAUACAAAGACAACAAUCUCUAGUUAUUCUGAUAAAGAUCAAUUAAAUUUUUAUAAAAACAAAAUAAUUAGAUUAAAAGAAGAAACUUCACAUCCUUCAAUAACCAAGACGAAAUCAGAACCAAUAAAUGAACCCAAUAUAACUAUUAAAUCAUCUUCGUGGGAUAAUGAGAUGAAUAGAACCAAAGAAACACAACUGAAGAAUGGGAAAAAUAUACUUGAUUCAAAUUCUUUAAAUGAUUCUAAUAAAAAUAGAAACAUUAAGCAAUUAAAUCAAAAUACGUCUGGAUUGAAUUCAACCACAGCUUUAGCACAGCCAAACCUUCAAAAUAAAAAAGAUUCGAAAAAACUAUGUAUCAUAAUGUGA